CGGUAGUAGUAUUGCCGUCAUGUCUGGCAGAGGCAAGGGCGGGAAGGGGCUCGGCAAGGGGGGCGCCAAGCGCCACCGCAAGGUGCUGCGCGACAACAUCCAGGGCAUCACCAAGCCGGCCAUCCGCCGCCUGGCUCGGCGCGGCGGCGUCAAGCGCAUCUCGGGGCUCAUCUACGAGGAGACGCGCGGCGUUCUCAAGGUCUUCCUGGAGAACGUGAUCCGCGACGCCGUCACCUACACCGAGCACGCCAAGAGGAAGACGGUCACGGCCAUGGACGUGGUGUACGCUCUCAAGCGACAGGGGCGCACCCUCUACGGCUUCGGCGGCUAAAGCUUCUUGCCUCCCCCCAGGCUAUCUCGAGAACCCAAAGGCUCUUCUAAGAGCCACCCACUUGAACUGGAAAAGAGCUGUAUUGCUGCAAAAUCGGUAAAAUGAAAGUAAAUGUUAUUAACUUAGUUUUCGUUAAUCGCGUAUUUUAUUAAGUUGCUUUACAGGUAGUUCUUAAAACCAUUAGACGUUUGAUAACUAGCUAUAUGUGUAUUGCUACUAUGGUUGGGGGGGCUAUCCUAGACAAGUAGGUUAGGAAACAUAAAAUGCUAUUGAUGUCAGUAUCAGCGUAAUUAAAAUCCAAUGAGUAAAACACCCUAAAC